AUGGCCUGCUCCUCCUCUCUCCCUUGGCGCCACCUACAGCACACCAUAGAUGGGCCAACUCAUCCCUUCCCCCCUCCUUCUGGUGGUGAGAGGACCAACAAUGAUCGUGGGUCUCCUCCCUUGUAUGAGGCUACCAUUCUCUCCCCACGUACAUCAAAAUAAUAGGGAGAAAUCAUUUUCGUUUUUUUCCUUUGACUUUUAUGUAAUCAAACCUCUUUUAUCCUAGUUAAUUCAAUCUAAAUUUCAUGAAACUCUCUUUCCCUUCAUCUCAUUGAUUUUGAAUAGUCGAAGUCAUUGAGGGCAAGAAUCAUCCCCAUUGGCCAUCCGUAAUUUAUCUACAAGGUAACAUGUUGAACCUUGAGAGAAAUUGGCAUGACUCAGUCGUUGUAUAUUAAAUCACGCAAAUAUAAGAUUUGUAAAACUAGAAAAUACGAAUUUUCGGAUAUUUAGAAGUAUUUCUGAACAAAUAUAUCAAUUCUAAUUCAAUAAAACUUCCAAAAAAUAGCGGUAAUUUUUCAGUCGAUCACAAGGAUGUAAUAUAAUAUUUUGUAAUUAUUCAGAUUUUUUCUCAAUGAAUACGAUUUUUUAUGAAUUUUAUACUAAGAAAUGA